ACUACAAGUCUUACUUUUCUCUGCUUCCAUCACAAUCUUGAAAGACUUCAAUGGCGGAUGAGGUUGUGUUGCUAGACUACUGGAUCAGCCCAUAUGCGAUGAGGCUGAGGAUCGCUCUGGCUUUGAAAGGGAUAGAGUAUGAGCGCAAGGAAGAAGAGCUGAACAACAAGAGUCCACUUUUGUUACAGUCAAACCCGGUUCACAAGAAGGUCCCGGUUCUCAUUCACAAUGGCAAACCAAUCUGUGAGUCUGUCGUUGCGCUCCAGUACAUUGACGAGGUUUGGAACGAUAAGGCUCCGCUAUUCCCUUCGGAUCCGUACCUCAGAUCCCAAGCUAAGUUCUGGGCUGACUAUGUUGACAAGAAGAUCUCUAGUUUUGCGAGGAAGUUAUGGUCAGGCGCCAAAGGAGAAGAAAUGGAAGUAGUAAAGAAGGACUUGUUUGAUUGUCUCAGGUUGUUAGAAGGAGAGCUUGGCGAUAAGCCUUUUUUUGGGGGUGAGACUCUUGGACUUGUGGAUUUGGCACUUCUUCCUUUCGCUUCCUGGUUUUCUGUCCACGACAAAUUUGGUACCUUCAGUUUAGAGGCAGAGUGCCCUAAGAUCCCUCCUUGGGUUAAGAGGUGUUUCCAGAUGGAAAGUGUCUCCGAGUCUGUUCCAAGUCCGGAUCAGCUCUAUGACUAUGUUGUGAAGAUGAGGAACAGUAGACAAGAGUAAUGAUCCUUACUGUCUUAUUUCGGGUUCUUCAUGUUUACAAAUAAAGGGUAGUGGAAUAUUACCCGUCGAUCAUUAUAUAUAUAUUGUUAUUAUUAAGAAUCCUGUUACGUCAACUACCUAUAUGUUUUGGUA